CUCCCGCCCUCCGCGCCGCCCCUCCCUCCCGCUCCUCCUAGGUGAGGCGCUCCUCUGGCGGUGGGCAGCAUGGCGGCCGUGGAGACGCGGGUGUGCGAGACUGACGGCUGCAGCAGCGAGGCCAAGCUCCAGUGCCCCACCUGCAUCAAGCUGGGCAUCCAGGGCUCGUACUUCUGCUCGCAGGAAUGUUUUAAAGGAAGUUGGGCUACUCACAAGUUACUGCAUAAGAAAGCAAAAGAUGAAAAGGCAAAGCGAGAAGUGUCUUCCUGGACCCUGGAAGGCGAUAUUAACACAGACCCAUGGGCUGGCUAUCGAUACACUGGUAAACUCAGACCACAUUAUCCACUGAUGCCAACAAGGCUAGUUCCAAGUUAUAUUCAAAGACCAGAUUAUGCUGAUCAUCCCUUAGGAAUGUCUGAAUCUGAACAAGCUCUUAAAGGUACUUCUCAAAUUAAGUUACUCUCAUCUGAAGAUAUAGAAGGAAUGAGACUUGUGUGUAGGCUUGCAAGAGAAGUUCUGGAUAUUGCAGCUGGGAUGAUCAAACCAGGUGUAACUACUGAAGAAAUAGAUCAUGCUGUACACUUAGCCUGCAUUGCAAGAAAUUGCUAUCCUUCUCCUUUGAAUUAUUAUAAUUUCCCAAAGUCUUGUUGUACCUCAGUGAAUGAAGUGAUUUGCCAUGGAAUUCCAGAUAGACGACCUUUGCAAGAAGGUGACAUUGUUAAUGUGGACAUCACUCUUUACCGCAGUGGUUAUCAUGGGGACCUAAAUGAGACGUUUUUUGUUGGUGAUGUGGAUGAGGGAGCACGGAAACUAGUGCAAACGACGUAUGAGUGUCUGAUGCAAGCCAUUGAUGCAGAAGGUGGGUGGCAGGAUGAAACCUGGCCAGAUGGUUGGACUGCAGUGACAAGAGAUGGAAAGCGUUCCGCUCAGUUUGAGCAUACUCUGCUGGUAACAGACACUGGCUGUGAGAUCCUGACCCGGCGACUGGAUAGUACACGGCCUCACUUCAUGUCCCAAUUUUAAUUUCUCCCAAGAUGACACAUCUCAAAAAUACCUUUUUACUGUACUAUGCAUUUUAUUGAGCGUACAGAAAGGAAGAGGCAAUUUUUUUUUAUCAAUUUCUUUUGAUAAGAAUGUUCUACAGCAUUGUGUGUUAUCAGGAGCUUGUCUUGAGUCUGAAAAAGCUGAAGAAGAAUAAAGGAAACAUUGCUCCACUCCUUUCAGUAUUCUCCUCAACCCCUAUUCUCAGAACAUCUGUUUUCUCAUUUGCUCCUUGAGCAAUUUUCACUUAAACCUGCUUCUAGUAGCUUUUAGCACUGCCACAGACCGGCCAUCAGGAGCCAGCUGCUUUCCAGUGAAUAUUGAAAAUGAAAAUCUUUGAAACUCUAGCAACAUCUGUUGCUUCAGAAUUUUAUUUUAUAUAUAUGUGGAAAUGUAUAUGUAUACAUUUUAAAUUCCUUAUAAUUAAGAAUGCUAUUUGACCUUUGGUUUAGGUUAAUUCUGCUCUGGCAGUGUUAUUUGCUGUCACAAAUGGAUCCAUAGUUUGUAGUGACUUAAUUUCUAAUUGGGAAUUGGCCUUUCUCUCCUUCAUGCUAAUUGUUUAUACAUGUAAUUGUGUGUAGGGAAGCAUUCAGUGAGACCUCCCCAGUGUUGACUUUGGGUCAGCAGAUGACUGUAGUAAGAUUCAGUUCAGAAGCAUAUCAAAUUUAUUGAAGUCUAGUUUAUGGCAAAAAUGACUAUAUUCCAAGUGCUGAUUGAUGUUGCAAGGCAUGAGAAUUUUACAAUGCACAACUGUUUCAGAUUUCUAUUGGUUAGAAAUGGGAGAGGAAAAACCCCCUUACUUCCCCUAUUUUGAGGGCAUACCUUGGAGACAAUGAAAAAAGAUAGAGAUUGCACUGUGGGAUGAUGGGAAAGAGUUCUAAAAUGUUCCUGGCUGGCAGCACAGUAAAUCAGGGGGCUGUGAGAGUCUGACAUUUAGUAAACUUAAUAGUGAUAAGGAACUUUCUGAGUACUAUCACCUUACGUAGGGAUAAUGCCGUCUGUGGUGUGCUGUAUAUACAUACCACCUAUUCAUAAUGGAGAACCUCAUUAGAUACAGCCAUGGUUGCCCAGUAUCUAUGUUUCUUUCAACUGUUAUUCAGGGAGAAGUGUAUGUUGAAGAUAGGUCAUAAAGUCAUCAGUAGACAGUAGAGUGUACUUGAUUACUGGGUGUCUGAUGACUUUCUAAUAAUUUGGUACAUACCACUGACGUACUUUACUUGUAAAAGAACAUUUUCCCAGAGUGCCUCAGACCAUUGCUUUGAGAAUUAUGAUAAUGUUUUCAUUACUAUUAUUAUUUUAAUGAUUUAGUAAGGUGACUAAAUCUGGCAUAAACAUUUGGGGGUAUGUGUGUAAAGUUUUUAUCGAACUGUAAUAUUUGUGAAUGGAAUGCCUUGUAAUAUGAAUGUUAAUAUAAUGUGUAAAGGGAGAUUAAAAAUUUUAAAUAAUUAUA